AUGUCCACGGACAACACGUUUUCGCCGUUUCGGAUCUCCCGAUCGGACGGAGAGAGACUCGACCGCAAUGAGGCUUUCAAGGCUGUUCGAGAGCAUCUAAAGCGCCAGGAGAUGGGAAUGGACGCUCCCAGCUUUUGUGCCUUCCACCGUCACUCGUGCUCCGAGGAUGAGCAGGAAACCUUCCGCCUGCACCGCGACAUCAUCCACACCAUUCUCCUCCCCUUGUUUCUACUCCACAACCAAGCUUCGCGUGUCGCCGCCAACGUGCUACCCAGUCACCGAGGAACAGAGCCCGAGCGCGCCUUCCGCGGAGAAGCCCGAAGUGCCUACGCCUGGCUGCACUGUAUCCUUCGCGAGGAGCAUGACUGGUACAUGACUGAACGAUGCCCCGCCUGUAUCGCGUUGCACGUCCUGCAUUCGGAGCCCACGAUCCGGUUCGUUGCGGUGGCUUGUCUCCUGUCGGACCAUCUGCAGGGCCUAGACCUUCUCAACGCCAAGCGACGGUUGCCUAGCUUCGACUUCUGGUUCGAGGCCCUGGAAUCUGCCGUGCGCGAGGAUCCGUUCUGGGGCGACGACUUCUGGCCGGAUAUCGAGUACCGCGCCUGUGCGCUGACCGACGGCGUGAAGCAGCUGGUGCUGCAGUGCCUGGAGCUCCGCACCGCCCUGGACCGCAAGUCGCUCCAGUCCCAGACCUUGUACAACGCGAGCGUGCAUUACUCCUCGCGCCAGCAGCACCUGCACCCCGUCGCGGUGAAGGUCUCCAGCUGUGCGCAGAAGCACUCGGUGAUGACCACCGAAGAACAGCGACGGUUUUCCAAAAUCUCGGUCAACCGCUGCAUGCAAUCAUAUUGGAGUGACCGUCCCCAACGGUUCCAUGCCCGCCGACAUGGCGAUCCCCGCCGAAGAUCCGUCACCUCUUAA